AUGGUAAAAGUCAAGCCUUUCCAGGCAUAUCUUGCAAAUAGAUAACUAGCAUAGAAGAUCUUAGCUCCAGAGUAUGAUGUAAUAUCAUCCAAAGAGGCUACUGUCUUAGCUAAAGGAAACCCUUAUAGCUUUUUGCAUGUGAAUAAACCGGAGAUAGACACACCAGAGGGCACAGAUAACUAUUCAGAUUUAGUAUACCAAACUGGAAAAAGUAAUCUUCAGCACUUUAUCAAAUAAAAUUGGCUAGAAAGAGAUUAGAGCUCUAGAUAUUACAUAUAUUCGCAAAAAAUGAAUGGUAGAACUCAAUAUGGUUUAGUUGCCGCUAGCUCAAUUGAAGAUUAUGAAAAUGAUAAAAUCAAGAAGCAUGAAAAGACUCUGCCUAAAAAGGAAGAGGAUAGAACAAAACUUAUUGAUAUCUAGAAUGCUAACAUUGGUCCAGUAUUUCUUACUUAUAAGAAAGGAGAUUCAAUAAAAGAGAAAGUAAAUAGUAUAGUAAAACAAAACGAACCCUAUCAAAGAGUAGUAUCUGAAGAUGAUAUUGAGCACUAGUUGUGGAAAAUUGAUAGCCUAGAAAAUAGAUUCUUUGAGGAAGAAUUCAAGCAGAUAGAUUAAACUUAUGUUGCAGAUGGACAUCACAGAUCAGCAGCUUCUUACAAUGUUGGAAAAUAUAGAAGAGAUUAUGCUUUAUCAAGAAAUUCUAAGAUCACAGGGGAUGAAGACUUCAACUACUUUAUGUCAAUUCUAUACCCAGCUGAUCAACUCCAAAUAAUGGACUAUAAUAGGGUCCUCAGAAGCCUAAAUAAUUUGACAAACAAAGAAUUCAUUCAAAAGCUGUCUCAGUUCUAUCAGGUUUCUGAGCACUCUAAUUAAUCCAUCGAAGCAGUAAAGCCAAAUAGAAAGCAUCAAUUUAGCUUAUACUUGAAAGAUGAUAAAUGGUAUAAUUGUGAACUGAAGCCAGAGUAUACCCAAUAAGAUCCAGUAAAGAAUCUUGAUGUUUAACUUUUAAAUGAUUUGGUACUUGACAAUAUUUUAGGCAUCAAGGAUGUAAGAACUGAUAAGAGAAUAGAUUUCGUAGGUGGCAUUAGAGGAUUGAAGGAGUUAGAGAAGAGAUGUGCUGAUGACUGUGUCGCAGCAUUCGCUAUGAAUCCUGUAAUAAUUGAUGAUCUUUUGUUAGUUGCAGACUCUGGCUUAAUUAUGCCUCCGAAAAGCACUUGGUUUGAACCAAAACCAAGAGCUGGAUUUAUAGUUAGGGUGUUUGAUUAAUGA